CGGCCCGCGCCCUACGCAUGCGCGCGACGUCGCGCCGCUCGGCGCCCGUCGGCACUCCGACAUCCGUCGACCUGCAUGUCAGAGCGAGACGCCGCUGUUGUAUUUAGUUUCGAUCCUGUUCUAUUAUGUUUUGUCCAAUCGCGGGCGAUCUCUGCGUGUUCCGGUUCUUUGUCAUCAAUGGGUAGCCGGGCAAGUCCACUUGGAGUGACACUCGAAAACGAUUUACGCGAUAUUUAACCCAUUUCGCCGGACAUGCAGUGUUUAAUUAUCAAUUCGAUGAUUGUGCGGGGCGAUCAGCUCGCGGAUCGGUCGGGCCGGUGCGGUAUUUAGCGGCGCAGUGGUUACGACCUUUCGAUACCGGCGAACGAACAGCACUUCAGCUGACUGCGUCGUACGCAAGGCUACGUCCGUCGAAGUAGUAGUAGGCCGGUGUUCGGACGAGACGAACGGGUGCCGACUCGCGGCCGCGUCGCGUGGAUAUGUUGAGGAUUAAAAUGUUUUUGGAACUAUUCCCAUAGACGUGAGGUUCACAUUGCCGCUUGCGGUUCGUUUCGGUAGCGCGUUAAAUACGACCAGUGAAAAGUGAGUGCCAACGGACGGUCCGAACGAGCGGAGGCUCAAUAAUGCUCAAAUUCUUGACUCAGAAGCUGCGAACGCAUUCGUUGAAUGAGGAGAACGUUUCCGAGAAGGUGGAGGAGCGGGACUCCGGCACCGAAUCGGACGACGAGGCAGACCGCACCGACUCCGGUGAUCUGUGCACGGACGUCAUCAUGAAGUGGAAUGACGUCACGGAUAUCAGUAUGGGCGGCGAGGCGUGCGCCUGCGAACCGGAGCAGGCUCGGCGGCUGCCGGACCCAGAACCCGACCAUCUGUACGACCACCACUCGUCAGAGGAAGAACUAGAGGUGAUCAACGGCCUGCCGGGCGGCGCGGGGUGUGCGGCGGGCGCGGGCGCCGGCGUGGCUCCUGUGGCGGUUACUCGUGCCGGAGAGUCGCGCCGCCGUGUCGCCUCCUCGCCGCCUCCCGCAGCGCCCGAGAAGCGCAAGUGGCCUGCGCGAGCGCAUCCACACGACUCGGACGAGCUAGCUCCGCGAGCGCCUUCCUCCGAUGACGACGACACUAAGGUGGAGACGCCCGUGCGCUUCCGCACAUCGCCGCCGCUGGAGGCGCUGAAGCCGCGGCGGAGCGGCGCGUGCACGUGCGCGGCGGGCGCGGGCGGUGCGGGGGGAGCGGGGCUCGCGGACCGCGCGCCGCCCUCGCCGCGUCGCCGACGCAUCGCGCUGCCACCUCCGCGCCGACAUCGCCCCGCGCUAGACUUCGAUAAGAUGCAGCAGGUAUGCUCACCCCACGGACACUUCAAACUUGAACAAUACUAG